AUGGCAUCUGUUCCAGUUUACUGCCUAUGCCGUCUCCCUUACGAUGUCACCCGGUUCAUGAUUGAGUGUGAUGUUUGUCAGGACUGGUUUCAUGGCAGUUGUGUUGGUGUGGAGGAAGACAAAGCGGCAGAUAUUGACCUGUAUCACUGUCCUAACUGCCAGGUGACACAUGGACCCUCUGUCAUCCUGCUGAAGCCGACUGGGACCCAGCUCACGGUUGAGUUUCUAGAGGAGCGCUCCUUUAGCGUCCCAGUCCUGGUCCUCAGGAAGGAUGGUCUGGGCAUGAAUUUGCCCCCAUCAUCUUUCUCUGUGUCAGAUAUAGAGCAUUAUAUUGGUUCUGACAAGGAAAUUGAUGUGAUUGAUGUCAGCCGCCAAGCAGACCUGAAGAUGAAACUGGGAGAGUUUGUCGAGUACUACAACAGCCCAAACAGAGACAGAGUGCUCAAUGUGAUCAGCUUAGAGUUCUCAGACACCAGGUUGUCAAAUCUAGUGGAGACACCAAAGAUUGUGAGGAAGCUGUCAUGGGUGGAGAACCUCUGGCCUGAGGAGUCUAUUUUUGAGAGGCCUAAUGUGCAGAAAUACUGCCUGAUGGGAGUGAAGGACAGUUACACAGACUUUCACAUUGACUUUGGUGGAACUUCUGUGUGGUACCAUGUACUCCGGGGUGAGAAGAUCUUUUACCUCAUUCGUCCCACUGCUGCUAACCUGUCGCUUUUUGAGCGCUGGAGUUCAUCCUCCAAUCAGAAUGAGCUGUUCUUUGGGGACCAGGUAGACAUGUGCUACAAAUGUUCACUAAAGCAAGGAAACACCCUCUUCAUCCCAACAGGGUGGAUUCAUGCUGUUCUGACCCCUGUGGACUGUUUGGCAUUUGGGGGAAAUUUUCUACACAGCCUCAACAUUGACAUGCAGCUUCGAGCGUAUGAAAUAGAAAAGCGACUGAGCACAGCAGACUUGUUCAGGUUUCCAAACUUUGAGACCGUGUGCUGGUAUGUUGGCAAGCACCUGCUGGACACCUUCAGAGGUCUAAGAGAGAAUCGACGGCAUCCUGCCACAUACUUGGUCCAUGGAGCCAAAGCUCUCAAUAAUGCUUUCCGCAGCUGGACACGGAAGGAAUCCCUGGCUGAACAUGAACAAGAGAUACCAGAGACUAUAAAGACCCAGCAGCUAGUGAAGGAUCUGGCCAAGGAGAUACGCCUAGUUGAGGAUAUCUUCCAGCAGAACAUCGGCAGGAGUGGGACACCAUUUGGUGGCUCUCAGGGUCUUCCCUCUCCUCACCCCAAAGCUCCAUUAAACACAUCCCUCACUUUUGGCCAGCACCCCGGUAAAAAGAGAGGUCCCAAGCCGAAGGAUGGAUUUGGAGGAGGGGGUGUAGGCCUUCCAGGAGCUAAGAAAAAAAGCCAAAAAGGCAAAGAGAUAAAAACAGAAGCUGGAGAGCUGGACCUGCUGGAGAUUCAUACUAAACACACGCUCAAGAAGUUCCAGCCAGGGUGCAAAGUAAAAAAGAGCAAGCUUGAGCUGCCUAAUGACUGUCUAGAAGAUUUUGAAGAGAAGAUCAACAAGAGCAAGCUUAAGCUUGUGCUGACUAAUGGAAAGAUACAAGGGAAGAAGGGUCGUGCUGGCAGUGCAAAUGGAGCCGGGAGUUCACUUCAACAGUUCCAGACCCACAUGGCUACUUUGUCUGACUUUGACUCAGAAGACGAGCUUCAGAUUGAUGAAACCCCUCCACCUCGCCGUAGACCGUCUCUACCUAGCAAGAAGAAAUUAGCUGGUCUACCAAGGAAACUACCUCGGGCCAAACCAUGCAGCGACCCUCACAGAAUCCGUGAGCCAGGAGAAGUGGACUUUGAUAUUGAGGAGGAUUACACCACAGAUGAAGAGAUGCUCACAGUGCAGGGUGUGAAAGGCGGAGCAGGUGGGAUUUUAGACUUGCUCAAGGCAAGCAAACAGGUGGCGGGUCUUGAUUCUGCACUGAGUGAGGAAGCACCAGCCUCCCCCAGCACCCGUGAUGCUAUCCAGGGCAUGCUCUCGAUGGCCAACCCUCCAUCUUCCUCAUCCUCUUCCUCCUCCUCCUCCUCCUCUCCUCUAUCUAUCUCUGGAGGAGGUGAGAUGCUGGGGCUUAUGAAGGAGAAAGGAGGGAGAGCUGGGUGGAUAAGUGGAGUCAAGAAGAGUGAGAAAAAGACCUCAUUUCAGAGGCCAGGAAAACGGCCUAUCAAACGUCCAGCACGUCACCUCAGUGAUGAAGAAAGCUUGGAUGAACAGGAGACCUUGGGUACCUGUUUUAAAGACUCUGAUUAUGUGUAUCCAUCACUAGAAUCUGACGAGGAGGAUCACAUAAGCAAGUCAAAAAUGAAAAGAAAGCGAAACUGGGAUGAUACACCCUGGAGUCCUAAAGCCCGUGUGACCCCUACACUGCCUAAGCAGGAGCGGCCGGUGAGAGAGGGUGCAAGGGUGGCUUCUGUAGAAACUGGGCUUGCAGCUGCUGCUGCCAAACUGGCACAACAGGAACAGCAGAAAACCAUAACCAAGAGAAAAUACACCAAGAAGAAGGUACCUCAAGAGAAAGUACAUUCUGCAGCUUCCCAACUCCAGUGCCAGCCGGACUCUGCACCUGUGUCUCCUCCUCUGCCCUCUGAGCCUCCUGUGGACUGCAUAGUUGAGGAGAGGAGAGUGGAGGUGUACUCUGCCAGCUUGCUGGACCACGAGUACACAGCAGGACCAGGUCCGUUCAGCCCAGGGGGCCCAAGAGGAAGUGGUGCCAUGGCCCCUGGCGUGUUCCUGACUUCAAGACGCCCCUCACUCUCUCCCCAAAACAGCAGCAGUUAUUCUCCCUCUGCCCCCUCACCUGGAGGGCUGGCUACUCCAACAUCAGCAGGAGUGUGUCAAGGAAAACGUCCAAAGAAAGGACUUGCUACGGCUAAACAGAGACUGGGAAAGAUUCUGAAAAUACAUAGAAACGGCAAGCUUCUCCUGUAGUUUGAUAAUAUGGAGAGGAGACUGCAGGGCACAACAGAGGAGGAGAAAACUAAUAAGGAUCAGAGAGGACUUGAGUGAUUGUGGUGUUAAUUUAUGUGACUGUUUUAUGGUUAAUGUUCUGCUAGCCUGGUCUUUAUUUGCUUCAUCGGGAUGAAAAGUGAAAAGAAUGGUAACUUGCUGUGAGAAAAUUCAAUUGAAAUCCAUUUAGCAUGGUGUUUUAGAAUAGAAAUUCUGUUUGAAAAGCAAAUAGAGCUAAACCGACGGAUACAAUAAUGGAGUGAUGACUGUAUUGCUAAUUGUUUUUUAAUUGCUCCACCUCUGAAAACGAGCUGCGUACAUGUACACUUCCCUUUGUUUCAUAGUUAUUAAUUGACUUUUAGUUUUAACAUUGUAAAUUUCUAGAAAAAAAAGCUGAAUUCUGAGGAGCACUUGAUGUUAGAUCCAAUUGCCUAAAGCCAUUGCAAACAAAAAGAUUACAUUGUUCAGAAGAUCUCUGACUGGUUUAUUUGAAAAAUUGACUUCU